CGCUGCCUAAAAAGAGAAUUCGCUCCACUCUCCUGAACGCUUUUUUGAGUCACCAUUUCUACGAUUGUCCUAUCUUUCUGUACAUGUGAGAUUGGCUUCCGAUGAGGAGAUUGAGAUCAGUGUCCCGCAAACCCCGCAAAGCCGAAUCUGUAAAUAUACGUCUGCAAUACACUCAAGACUGCCCGGGGUAGCUUGUCUAGCCCUGCAAACAGAAUCCCUAGGCACAACCUGCCGCUACCAGAGGUCAUGUCUGGAUUGUCUCACGUCUGAUGAAGAGUAUUCAGCAAUGUCUUUCCACGCUACCAAUCCAGCUGUUUCUCCCCCUUUACCAACCCCCGAUAGACCCGAAGAAUCCCAGAAUCGAAAAAGACAUCCGUGUGUGUUGUGCCAGCAACGCAAGGUCAAGUGUGACCGCAGCGAUCCUUGUGCCAAUUGCGUCAAGGCUUUGGUUGAGUGCGUCUCACCCACAACUCUGCCGCCGAGGCGACGGAAAAAGCGGUUCCCCGAAGCAGAGCUACUUGCACGCUUGAGGAAGUACGAGGACCACUUGAGAAGCUAUGGAGCCGACAUAGAUGCCAUUAACUCAGAAGGGCCCAAUGCGGGACUGCAGUCUGCUUCAACUACCACCCCCACCAUCAAGAUUUCCACUUCCCCGCUUGACGGCGCGACCCCAGAACCUAUCAAAUCGUUAUCAAUUCGAAGGUCUCUCAAGAACGUCGAAAACAAUCUGUCGCGCGGGCUCAAUCAAGAGUUUCGAGAUGCCGAAGAGCUGCUACAAGGUUCCUCUGAGGAUGAAAUGUUUGAGAACCCCAUAAGCAGGACCUACGAUGGAAUUGACGAGUAUGGGAGUGACAUCGUCUUCCCCUCCCCAGCCUCUGAAGAUCUGCGGGAUCUCCACCCUUCAACAGUCCAUAUAUUCAGACUUUGGCAAAAGUUUCUUGAUUCUGUGAAUCCACUAGUCAAAAUAUUUCACGCGCCAACAGUGCAGCAACAAGUUCUCGAUGCCACCGCUGACUUGGACAAUGUACCAAAGGAGAUGGAGACGUUGAUGUUCGGAAUAUACAGCAUGGCUAUCGCCUCUUUCACCGACCGUGAAUGCUUACCGAUAUUUGGAGAAUCCAAAACUACGUUGCUGAAACGAUACCACUCUGGUGCACGAUUAGCGUGCCAGAGGGCGGGGCUUCUUCGUUCUUCGGACCUGACUACUUUGCAAGGAUAUGUGCUAUAUCUUAUGUCAUGUCUCAAUUUCACGAUAGACCCACGCUCACUCUUCUGCCUCACCGGCAUUGCCGUUCGGAUCGCCCAAAGGAUGGGGCUGACUUGCGAUGGCACGGCUUAUGGCCUUUCCCCAUUUCAGGUAGAGAUGCGGCGUCGAUUGUGGUGGCAAAUCCUCCUUCUCGACACUCGUGUGGCGGAAUUAUCCGGUGCUGGUUCGACUGUCCUGAACCACAAUUGGACAACAAAACUCCCAUCAAAUGUCAACGACAGCGAUCUCUUCCCCGACAUGCGAGACACGCCGCAAGAGCACCCUGGGGCGACAGAGAUGGUGUUUGUACUGCACCGCUGCGAGGUGGCGAACCUCGCAAAGCAAUUCCAGGAUAAAGACAUGCCGCUGGUUGUCAAAGACGAAGCCAUCACCGCCCUCGAGAACAAGCUGGAGAAGACAUACGUUCAGUACUGCGACCCAUCGAUUCCUUUCCACCUAGUCACCGUGUUAAUGGUCAAACUCGCAACAGCCAAGGUCCGAAUGCUACCCCGGCACCCACAACUAAUGGCCAACAUAUCACAAAUCGGGACAGAGGAAAGGGAUUACCUAUUCCGAUUAAGCUUAUCGUGUCUCGAAAACCACAACAAGAUGAUGGCAUUACCGAGCCUGGAGAAAUUCAUAUGGUUCGUUUUGACCAACUCUCCGAUGCCAGCACUCGUCCACCUCCUGUGCGUGAUGCGCUACCAAACCACCGGGGAGCUGGCCGAUCGCGCGUGGGAGCUCUUCGAAUGGCGAUUUGAGAACCAGAAUAGGAAAUUCAAGGAGAGCCAGUUCUGGCGCAGGAAUAAGGAUAGUUUGAUCCACCUCGCCAUCGCAAAUUUGACCGUCAAGGCAUGGGAAGCGAGAGAGAAGGCCUUUGUGGCGAUGCAACAACCAAUUCCGGUAACUCCGAACUUCAUCAAACAGCAACAGCAACAGCUUGCUGCGAAGAGACCGCCGAAAUCGACGGGUACGGGUUCGUCUGUGGGAACAGAGGCUACGCCCCCGAGUACAACAACAACGGAGAUUGGGAUUGGGGAGCAGUUUGCCGGGAGUUAUCAGUGGUUUAAUCCAGCGGCUGGUGAUCCGAACCAGGGGUUUGAUGUCAUGCCUGGUGUCAUGACGAGUGAUAAUCAGCAGAUGGGGUGGGACAUUUGGACUGAUUUGAUGGAACCUACUAACCCUAUAUAUUUCGGGGACGGUGUUGGGGACCCUGUACAACAAACAUAUUUUUGAGGUAUGGUUACUCUCUUGCAUGGUAAUAGGAUAUUUCCCUCCACCGAAAAAUGAAAACUACUCAGUCUACAAUCCGACUGGGCUUAGCCCUGCGAAAUGCAUGGUCG